AUGGAGAUGAAGAAAAGCCCCGCAGUCCAGGGCUCUCUGGCGGAGACGGCGGUCCUCUCCUCCCCCUCCACCACCACCACCACCGCUCCCUCUUCGCCCGCAGACCACCUGCGCAUCAAAUGGAUCAAGCUGGAGAGCGACACAGAGAAGGUUGUGCUGGUGACUCAGAAUGGCAUCGUCAUCGAGACAGGGUCAGAAUACCAGGGCAGGGUGUCUGUGCCAGCCAACAGCAAGGAGACUGAGGACGCGUCUCUGACCAUACAGCAGCUCCGGUACAGCGAUAAGGGCAUGUAUCACUGCGAAGUCAUGAAUGGCAUGGAGGAAACACACACUACCGUCUCCUUGGAUGUCAGUGGUGAGGUCAUCUACCCCCUCAACAAGUAUAUGACCCUUGAAGAGGCUACGACCCGUUGUGAGAGCCUGGGUGCAGUGCUGGCCUCCCCGGGCCAGCUCUGGGCUGCCUGGAGGGAGGGUCUGCGAACCUUAUGGCUGAUAUACGGCUGGCUCUCUGAUGGCAGUACACGCUACGUGAUCUCUUUAUCUAAAUCUCUAUCUACUGGCCGUCCCAGUGGAGUCCACACGUUCUCUGGAGAACACGCCUUCCCCUCACCCAAUCAAAGGGCAGGAGUCUAUUGCUACAAAGUCACGCCUGUUUUUGACCCCUGUAAAAAGCACACAGUGCUUGACGAUCUCUCAAGGGCCACCAAUAACACUGAGGUCCUCAACUGGUGUGACCGUUAUGUCAGGUGGUAUGGCUGGUACCGACUGAUGUAUAAUGGGAAGAGCAUACGCAUGCCGGAGUCCUGUUCAGUUAUAACCUGCCACAACAGCUCUGCAUGGAUUUCUCUGUCCCGCUGCCUCCUGUCUGAGGCAGGAUUUUCUGCUGAAGUCUUUCACCUCAACAAUCCAGACUGCAAAGGCACAGUUCGAGAUGGACGAGUAGAGUUCCACUUCAACAACGACGACCGAAAAUGUGGAACGCAACUUAAGGUAAAUGGAACCCAUGCCAUCUACGAGAAUUCUAUUCAGGGGAAAGUGGAUUCUGCAGAUGGUCUAAUUAUCAGCAGAGAGAGAACGCUGAACUUGCAAUUCGCCUGCGUAUAUCCACUAACACAAAAUACUUCCAUGGAUGUGGCUGUCGAUGUCUUAAAAAGUAUCACACAGUUGACGUUGCCACCAGGAAAGGGAACAUACCAAAUCCGGAUGAUUCCGUAUAAGGAUGCCGACUUCACUGAGCUGUUCGAUGGGGCUGUGGCACAGACGUCUGAUGAGGAGAUCUACAUAUCUGUGGAUGUGGAGGGAGUGGACAGCCGGCAGUUCUCCAGUGUGCUGGACCUCUGCUGGGCCACACCCACCAACAACUCCACCUCCUCCAUCACCUGGAGCCUCAUCACCAAACAGUGUGCAAACCCAGAAGACGGGACGGUGGAGGUCUUGCGAAAUGGGGAGUCCACAAGCAGCCGUUUCUCCUUCAGGAUGUUUACUUUUAAUGGGCACCCUCCUCAGCUGUACCUUCACUGCAGCCUGCACCUCUGCCUUCUGGAGGGCAACAGCUGUGCUCCGACCUGUAAAUCUAGUCAUCUGAAAAGAUUGCGGAGAUCUUCAGACUUGAAUGACACGAGCGCAACUAUGGUUUCCUUUGGGCCCCUGAUUUUCCCCUCUGGAAAGACCGAUCUUCUGGAUGUUCUGGCUCCACAGCCGAAGAGAUAUCGUCCUAAGGUGUAAACAUCUUUCAGCUAAUGAAAUAGCUGAAAAUAAUGAAAUCUUUAAAAAAAAGAUUGAUGUUGGGAUCUGAUAUAAUCAUGAAUAUGUGAUGUGUCUAAUGAUUAGUAAUGUAUGUGACCAAAAAAUAAAAGGCCUACCGUAAUUGACAUGACAAUAAAAAAUAAUUGUGGCUUUAAAAAAAAUAAAU